AGGGGCUUUAUGUCAUUUCGAACUUUGUUGGAACUUAGUUUUAAGUCUAACGGUUUUUGAAAAUUUAAAUUGUGUCUAUUAUCAACAUUAAAUUGUGACUGACUUGAAAAAAUUAGUAAAAAAUGAAAAACUUUUUAAUAAUCCUUUUGAUCUCAUUAGUUUGCGUCAGCAAGACAUUUUCACAAGACACAGAUAUCGAGGAAAGCAGCACAAAUGAAUAUCAAGUCGAAGGAAAGGUUUUUGCACCGGAAUUAGCAAGUGAUGAAAAUUACAAAAAUUGGGUUCAGAAUACAGACAUUCUGCUCCAUACAGGCAAUUCAGGUAUAUUUAAAGGAUUCCUUAAAAGUGAUGGAAGCUUUGUGAUCAAUAAAGUGCCAUCCGGAAGCUUUAUAUUGGAAGUUCAUAAUCCAGAUUAUGUCUAUGAACAAGUUCGAGUAGAAAUCAAUAAUAAAGGAAAAUUCCGAGCAAGAAAAGUGUCACACAUUCAACCAUCUCAAGUAAUUCAGCUUCCAUAUCCAUUAAAGUUGAAGGCAAUGACAACAUUUAGAUAUUUCCAACAGCGAGAACAAUGGAAAAUCACAGACUUCUUAUUCUCACCAAUGGUCUUAAUGAUGAUCCUGCCUUUAGUCUUACUCGUUUUAUUACCAAAGAUUAUGAAUGAUCCAGAGGCUAAAAAGGAACUCGAAAAUAUGCAAUUGCCUGGAUUAGGAAGUGAAAUGCCAGACAUGAGCGAGAUGCUUUCAAAGUUCUUAGGAGGAGGAACUUCAGCACCAAAGCAACAAGUUCAGCAGUCAGAGCGAUCGAAGAAUAAAAAGCGUAGCAAUAAUAAUUAAAUUAUAUAUUUUUGAGUCAAAAUUUAAUCUGUAAUAAGGAACAAUUUAAAACUAAAAGAAUAAAGGAACAGAUAAAAAUCUUUUUUGUGUAAAAUGAAACAGGC